AUGGCUACCUCGUUCAUUUCCAGGCAGCUUCGCACCAAUGAGGAGGACCCGGAGGCUCGCCCCAGUUGGAUUCGCCGCCAGGUCGUUUCCGGGCUUGAGUCCAUCUCUCGCCGGGCCUGCAUUCACCCGAUCCACACCCUCGUAGUGAUCGCCAUUCUCGCUAGUACAACUUAUGUGGGUCUUCUAGAAGGAAGCCUGCUGGACUCUGCCCGGGAUAGUCACAGUGUUGCCGGACAGGUGGAUGCAGACGCCCUGCUCCAAGGAAGCCGCAACUUGCGACUUGGUGAAUCUACUUCGUGGAAGUGGCAGGUCGACGACCUCUGGACUGACGAGACCGAGAAGCCCGCUGCCCAGCACUUGGCCCUGGCCACCCUUAUCUUCCCGGACUCUGCUUCCAACUCAGUUUCCACCGCUCCCUCGGCGAAGGAUGUCCCCAUUCCCGCCAACGUCUCCGCCACAUCGGUCCCUUACACCCCAAACCUGUUCUCGCAAUUCACUUCCGACUCUUCUUUGGCGUACACCGUGCCCUUUGAGCAGGCCUCGGAGCUCCUGAGAGCUGUGCAGGAGAUUCCCCAUGCCUCUACCGAAGAGGAUGAGGAGGAAUCCAAGAAAUGGAUCAUGCGCGCUGCUCGUGGCCCUGCGUACGGUUCCGGCCGAGCUGUGAAACUUUGGUUUGCAGAUGCCUGGAACUCGUUUGUGGAUUUGAUUAAGCAUGCCGAAACCAUUGAUAUCGUGAUCAUGGCCCUCGGAUACAUUUCCAUGCAUCUGAGCUUCGUGUCGCUCUUCUUCUCAAUGCGCCGAUUGGGCUCAAACUUCUGGCUCGCGGCCACUGUCCUCCUUUCUGGGGCCUUUGCUUUCCUGUUUGGUUUACACGUGACCACUAAGCUCGGUGUGCCUAUCAACCUGCUUCUGCUCUCCGAGGGUCUGCCUUUCCUGGUGGUGACAAUUGGCUUUGAGAAGCCAAUCAUGUUGACUCGGGCUGUGUUGAAGGCUUCUGCGGACAACCGCCGUCCUCGUCCCGGUGCUGCCCCACGUGCCUCGGCGUCAAGUGCCCCCAGAUCCAUCCAGGACUCCAUCACCGCUGCCAUUAAGGAUCAAGGUUUCGAGAUUGUUCAGCACUACUGCAUUGAGAUUGGUUUGCUGGCUUUGGGCGCGGCCUCUGGUGUCCAGGGCGGCCUUCAGCAAUUCUGCUUCCUCGCUGCAUUGAUUUUGUUCUUUGACUGUGUUCUUCUCUUCACUUUCUAUACCACUAUUCUCUGUAUCAAGCUUGAGAUCACUCGCAUCAAGCGCCAUGUGGCGCUUCGCAAGGCCUUGGAAGAGGAUGGCAUUACCCAGAGUGUCGCUGAGAACGUUGCUUCCAGCAAUGAUUGGCCCGGCGCAGCUUCUGGCAACAUCGAAGCUGACACCAGCAUUUUCGGACGCAAGGUUAAGUCUAGCAAUGUACGCCGGUUCAAGAUCCUCAUGGUUGGUGGUUUGAUCCUGGUCAAUGUCAUCAACAUGUCAGCUAUUCCUUUCCGGAACACUGCCAACGGUAGCCUGGUCCUUGGUUUCUCCAGCGUCCUCGCUCCUACCCCCAUUGAUCCUUUCAAGGUUGCCGAGAAUGGUCUGGAUGCCGUCUACGUGGCAGCCAAGAGCCAAAAGCUUGAGACUGUUGUUACGAUUCUAUCUCCCAUCAAGUACAAGUUGGAAUACCCAUCUGUCCACUACGCUGCCGCUCUCGAGUCCUCUUCCUUUGAUAUCGAAUACUCGGAUCAGUUCUUGGAUGCCGUUGGUGGCAAGGUUCUCGAAAGUUUGCUCAAGAGCGUCGAGGACCCCUUCAUCAGCAAGUGGAUUAUUGCUGCUCUGACUCUGAGCAUCAUUCUCAACGGUUAUUUGUUCAACGCUGCUCGCUGGAGCAUCAAGGAGCCCGAGGCCGCCCCCGUGGCUCCCGUGGAACCCGUCGCGGCCCCCAAGGUGUACCCCAAGUUUGAGCCCAACGAGACCGAGUCCAACCGGACAGCCGAGGAGUGUGAGGCACUGCUCAAGGCAAAGCGUGCUCCCACUCUCAACGAUGAGGAACUGAUCGACCUUUCUCUCCGCGGAAAGCUUCCUGGUUACGCCCUGGAGAAGUCUAUGGAAGAUGAAACUCUCAUGAGCCGUGUUGAUGCCUUCACCCGCGCCGUGAAGAUCCGCCGUUCCGUCGUUGCCCGUACUCCCGCUACCUCUGCCAUCACUGCCACCUUGGAAGAAUCCAAGCUUCCUUACAAGGAUUACAACUACGGUCUCGUCCACGGUGCCUGCUGUGAAAACGUUAUUGGUUAUCUGCCCCUUCCUCUCGGUGUCGCUGGUCCCAUCAACAUCGAUGGACAAAUGUACUUUAUUCCCAUGGCCACAACCGAAGGUGUGUUGGUGGCUAGUACCAGCCGUGGCUCUAAGGCUAUCAACGCCGGUGGCGGUGCAGUAACCGUUCUGACUGGGGACGGUAUGACUCGUGGACCUUGCGUGACUUUCCCUACCCUGGCCCGGGCCGCCGCUGCCAAGGUCUGGAUUGAUUCCGAGGAAGGACGCAGCAUCAUUACCGCCGCUUUCAACUCCACCAGUCGUUUCGCCCGUCUCCAGAGCCUCAAGACUGCCCUCGCCGGCACUUACCUCUACAUCCGUUUCAAGACCACCACUGGUGAUGCUAUGGGUAUGAACAUGAUUUCCAAGGGUUGCGAGAAGGCGCUGGACGUUAUGUCCAAAGAAUGUGGAUUCGAUGACAUGGCUAUUAUCUCUCUCUCCGGUAACUUCUGCACGGACAAGAAGUCCGCCGCGAUCAACUGGACUGACGGCCGUGGCAAGUCUGUUGUGGCGGAGGCCAUCAUCCCUGGUGACAUCGUCAAGAGCGUGCUCAAGAGCGAUGUCAACGCCCUUGUCGAGCUGAACGUCAGCAAGAACUUGAUUGGCAGUGCCAUGGCAGGCAGCUUGGGCGGUUUCAACGCCCACGCUUCCAACAUUGUGUCUGCUAUCUUCCUGGCCACUGGCCAAGAUCCUGCCCAGAACGUCGAGAGCAGCAGUUGUAUCACCACCAUGAAGAACAACAACGGCAACCUUCAAAUUGCUGUAUCCAUGCCCUCCAUCGAGGUCGGCACCAUUGGCGGAGGUACCAUCCUCGAAGGCCAAGGAGCCAUGCUGGAUCUCCUGGGAGUCCGUGGAGCUCACCCCACUACCCCCGGUGAGAACGCUCGCCAACUCUCCCGUAUCAUUGCCGCCGCCGUUCUCGCCGGUGAGCUCAGCCUGUGCGCUGCCCUCGCGGCCGGUCACCUUGUCAAGGCCCACAUGGCGCACAACCGCAGCGCAGCGCCCACCCGGUCCUCGACGCCGGUGUCCUCGGCUGUCGGUGCUGCCCGCGGCCUCUCCAUGACCUCCAAGUAA